AUUUUCGGUUGGAAUAUGUACCCUUUUACAGGUCGUAAAAAGACAAUUUUCAAACAGUUAGUUUGAAAAGCUGAACAAGUUACUAUUGUUGUCUGAGAAAUUCUAACGGUCCAAUAAUUUAAAUCAAAAUGAAUCGUCUCUGUUUUUUCAUAUUAUUUGUCAUUGUAAAUGUUUCAACAGAAUUCAUUGAGUAUAAGAGGAAGCUGGUCAUUACAAACGCACUCAUUAAGCGUGCUUAUGAUAUGAACGAUUGUUUUGUACAAGAUAAAUAUAUAUCAAAUGGAUUAGAGCAUGUAAUUAGAACAAUCGCUUCUAAAGAUGGCUAUACUUUAGAUGUGAUAAACCGUAUGUUCGUUUUACCAGAAAUUCCAAAGCUAGAGGACAUAGAAAAAUCUAAAAAUCUCGAAUACGCUAUGCAAAAAAAAAUAACAAUUGAAUUAGCUUUCGAUAAAAACCUAAUUUUAGGAACUGUACCUAUAAUGAUGAUUUGUUAUUUGAUCUAUAUUUUUAAAGAAAUUGCUGCUCAUGAACAUCCAGAGAAAGAUUUUACGGCCUUAACUAUAAUGCAACUUGGAGAACAGAGAAGAAAUCUUAUUGGAAAAGCUUUAAGAAAUAUACUUAGCCAGGCAAUAGGAGACAAAAUCAAGAUUCCUAGUGUAGGCGAACGUGGCGACUGCAAAUCAUUGGAAAAACGCAAGGUUUUGGGGACACCGAGCGUCCAUGAUGCUUUCAGCACUUUAAGUAUAAACGACACUAGUGCGAAAGAUAAAAAUAAAUCAGAGGAAAGUGACGACGGAAACGAAGAUUUUGAACUAAUUGAUUACUAUGAAAGACAAGACAAUGAAACGUCUGUACCACCAUCAAUCGAACGACUAAAAAUAAUUGAAAACUAUGUUGACAAAGACUGCGCCCAACAAUCGAGCAAGUGCAGCAAAAGAAAUACCCAUCAUGUCCCAUUAAUGGAGAUGUGUACAUGUUUAGCAUUGUUUUCGAGUACAAAAUUUCCAACAGGAUAUUUAACAGUUUUGCCGUUUGACUAUGACGAUACUUGUCUCAUAACUAAUAAAAAAUCAGUACCACAAACAUUUAUGUACAGAAAGAUUGCGGGCGUAUGGUACAAAGUAACCAGAAACACAGAUAACCCAGCACAACAACCACUUAAGGAACCAUUAGACCAGGAACUAUUGGAUGACUCUUCUAAAAUGACAUAAUACUAUUGAGAUUACGUUUAAACGUUAUUUGCAUUGUUCACUUAUAUCCAAGCUGUAAAUUGUUUUAAUGCAUUUUAUAAUUAAAAUGUUAGGCUAAUCACGUUUGUUGCUUGCGUGUUGAUUUAAACAGAUAUUUAUCAUAUUAUACAGGUUUCAUAUAAAGCAUA